UACAGAGUAAUCCGUAAAAUCCAGGCUUCUACAUCUCUGCUUCUGCAGUCCAGCUGGAAUACUAUGAGGUGGAUAGGUAUUGUAAGGAUCCUGGUGAUUCUGUUCACGCUCCUGACAACGUGGUACUUUGCAGAAACAAUUUUUUCCGCAAAAUGGGAAGUAAAGAGUCUACGGCAUAUAUUUGAUAAGCGGUCUGAUGAUGCAGUUGUACCAGAAAAAACACACAGCAAAUGUGGAAAUGAGAAGAACUGUCCAGACAAUUACUUUGCCUUUAAAAUCAUAAGUGGAGCAGCCAGCGUGGUCGGCCCUACAAUCUGUUUGGAAGACAAAAUCCUAAUGAGCAGUGUGAAAAACAACAUUGGAAGAGGACUAAACAUGGCGCUAGUCAAUGCCUCUACAGGUGAACUCAAACAUACGGGCCAUUAUGACAUGUACUCUGGCGAUGUCAAGGAUGUUAAGCUGUUUUUGGAGAAGAUGACAGAUGGCACAUUGAUAUUUUUGGCAUCUUUUGAUGAUCCAGCAACAAAACUGGAUGUGCAAGCCAGGGAACUAUUUUCCAGUUAUGGUAGUAGCUUUGCGACAAAACUUGGUUUCCGAGACUCUUGGACAUUUGUCGGAGGAAAAGGCAUAAAGCAUAAAAGUCCCUUUGAACAGCACAUCAAGAAUGAUAAGGAGACAAACAAAUAUGACGGCUGGCCGGAGGUGCUGGAGAUGGAAGGCUGCAUUCCUCGCAAGAUGGACUGAGAGAGCCGAUUGGUUGUUGUACAGUUCAUCCUGCGUCACAUUGCCGGGACUUUUCUGUACAAAUGAUUUCUUAGCAGAUACAAGUGAUGAGAACGCUUUACAAUGUUUUCAUAAGUUUUAUAUUUUAAUGUAUAUAUUAUUUUAUUUAAUAAAGAUGGGAUAUGAUUGUGGGAACGCUGUGUAGUGAUACAUUUUAUUCAAUGUGUUUACAUAGUCAU